AUGGUUGCGAUCCAGAUCCAAGAAAAUGUAUCAAAGUGCACCCCAAGAACAGGCACGUUGUUCAUUGGAUGGUUCAAAUUUAUGCCUUUUCCAUCUUGAUUUUGAUUAUCUUCACUUUUGGAAUAGGUGUUACUUUCCAUGGAUUGCUACUUGUUGGAGUUUAUAGUAAUUGUGGUACACCAAUCGCAUAUUGGUUAGCUCAACAGAUAAUGAGUAUCAUCUUGAAUCUGACACUCCUAGUGUGUCUCGUAAUCUACUCAAGGAAUAUCGUCUUCAUGUUAUUACAAUCUGCAAGAAUAGCUUUCAGUUUGCAUUGCGUUAUGAUUGUGAGUCGUCAUCACCGUAGCCUGUACGGCAGUCUUGAUGCCAAACCCAUUGAUGCUGUUUAAUAAUAUCCUUUCACUCUAUCAACUUACUACUAUUGAUCUACUUACGCCACUUGUAUGUGAACUUUCCAGUAAAAUACUUGAUGAGGCGUAAUAUUCUCUCAUGUUAUUGGAUGUAUUAUCUUCAAUAUAUCUGUCAUGCAUAGAUUAUCCUCAUCUAUAAUUAUUCAAUAAAUAUUGUGCUGUGAAUAUAAUAUUCAAUAAAUUAAUGUAUGGGCCAUGAAAUACAGUUUGUUUUCAAAGUAAA